AAGUCGAUAAUCUGAGAAAGAUUUCCCGAAAACGAACACAAACCGGAAGAGUUGCGACACCAGGGAGAAGGCUAUUGAUCACCUACUGCAAAAUAACUUUUUAGGUUUUUAACAACAGGAAAAGUUGUUUUAAAUAUUUCGAUGGGAGAACGUACACAUUAAAUAUGUUGUGUAACGUUGCAGACACAGUAUUUUAAUUUUCGAGAGCACAAAAUAGCUGCAAUAUGUGGCUUUAGGGCAGCGCGAGUAAUUUCCUACAUCGUCCGGACACCAAGCAGCUUAACUGCUACAGGACCAAACUAUUAUACGCUCGUACCUUUUCUCACUGAGAUAUGGCGGCAUUUGACGGCAAAGGCGCUAUAGACUUCGAUAAUAUUCCAGUCGCGGCUCUUAACGUGGACGUGAGGAAUCGACUGGGUCUCUACCUGAAUCCGCGUAACGUAGUCGCUGCGGACUGGACCGCUUUGGCCGAAGAGACGGACUUAAGCUAUCUAGAGAUUCGCAACUAUGAGAAGUAUGAAAAUCCCACGAGGAAAAUCCUGGACGACUGGCCGUCGAGAUGCUCGGACGCUACCGUCGGGAGGCUACUGAAUAUUCUUGCCAAAAUUGAGAGACAGGACAUCGUCGAGGAUUUGCGCCCGAGUAUCGAAAAAGAUUGCAUGAAGUAUCUUACCAGGAGGCCGCCCAGCGAAAAGCCAGUUCAAGUAUAUGAAGUUGAUAGCUGUUUUCCAAGGACACCAGAAAAUAAUGGAAUUACGAUUCUUGAUGACCCACUGGGAAAUAUUCCAGAAACAUUUGAUGCAUUUAUCUGCUAUUGCCAAAAUGAUAUUGAAUUUGUCCAUGAAAUGAUCAGGCAGUUGGAGCAAACCCAGUACAAGCUGAAACUUUGUGUGUUUGACCGUGAUGUCCUUCCAGGCACCUGCGUGUGGACCAUCUCCAGUGAACUUAUUGAAAACAGAUGCAAGAGGAUGGUAGUAGUAAUUUCAGAUGACUACUUAGAGAGUGAAGAAUGUGACUUUCAAACCAAAUUUGCACUGAGUCUCAGUCCUGGUGCACGCUCAAAACGACUCAUUCCUGUGAAGUACAAGACUAUGAAGAAAAAGUUUCCAAAUAUCCUGCGUUUCUUGACGCUGUGUGACUACACAAAUCCUUGUACCAAGUCGUGGUUCUGGAGCAGGCUAGCCAAAGCUCUGUCCCUUCCCUAACUCUGGCACAUCUGGUUGUUCAACAACGUCUUUGGCCCCUGCUGAUAUUUUACUUUUCUUUUCCUAAAGAAAUGUAUUUAGCAUAUGUUUUUGGAGUGCAGGCAUAAAGAGUUCUAACGGUGAGAACAGGAUCAUGACUAUCUGUGGACAUUUUUUUUACGAAAAUGUUUUUAUCAUGAAAAUGAGUUUUGUAAAUAUUGAAACUUUUUUUUCUAUGCUGCCAUUGCUUUUGUUAAUUUCUGCACACGUGCCUUCAUACACAAAAAGGGGCGUCUGAAACAUUGCGUUUAGUGUUGCAUAAUUUUGGCAUAAGAGCAACAAAUGAAAUGUUUUCUUGAUUCAGCUGGUGUGUGCAUAGCAUCCAGUGUACAUACAGAAAUGUGACUGGGAGACGGCCUGACGACUAGUCUGACUUUGUGUAAGGAGGAAAUCCUUGUGCAACUGGACUGGUCAGCAAUUAGAUGUGUGCAACUCUUCAAGUGUGUUACAAUGAUUGGACAAAGUCACAAUGUCAAGGGGGGUAUUCGAUUAUUUACGUCAACGUCUGUCUGCAAGACUCUGUUGGAAAAAUAUGUACGUGUGAUUCACCAUUUUUAUCAGAAAACACCUACAACUACACUGACUGGCCACAGGAAAAGAGGAACAAGCACAGUGCAACAUUUUUGGUGUCCCCAAAAAUGACCCCCCAAAAGACCACAUCUGUCUGCCCAAGGAGAUGAUCUAUGGGAUGUUUGGUUGGAGAAUUUAAAUUUCCAGACUUUUCUGAUUUAGGUGUUCAAACACUUGUAACAUAUGUCUGUAUCAGAUUUAGCAUCACACAUUAAAAUAUAAA